AUGGGCUACUGUGGCUGUUCCGGAGGUUGUGGGGGCUACAGCUCCAGCUGUGGACUUUGUGGGGGCUGCGGCCCCAGCUGUGGGGGUUGUGGUGACUGUGGCUCCAGCUGUGUGCCCAUGUGCUGCUGCAAGCCUGUGUGCUGCUGUGUGCCAGCCCGUUCCUGCACUAGCUGUGGCUCCUGUGGGGGCAACAAGGGGGGCUGUGGCUCCUGUGGGGGCAGCAAGGGGGGCUACGGCUCCUGUGGGGGCAUCAAGGGGGGUUGUGGCUCCUGUGGGGGCCGCAAGGGGGGCUGUGGCUCCUGUGGGGGCUGCAAGGGGGAUUGUGUUUCUUGUGGCUGCUGCCAGUCCAGCUGCUGCAAGCCCAGCUUCUGCUCUUCAGGCUGUGGACAACCCUGCUGCCAAUCCAGCUGCUGUAAGCCCAGCUGUUGCCAGUCCAGCUGCUGCAAACCCAGCUGCUGCUCUUCAGGCUGUGGGUCAUCCUGCUGCCAGUCCAGCUGUUGUGUCCCCAUUUGCUGCCAGUGCAAGAUCUGA